GUCUAUGCCAGCUCUCUCGGAUGGAGAUAAGUACGAAAUUCGAAGGAAAAGUAUGGUAUUUAGCUUUGCUUGUGGUCAUGAACUAAGUCCCUUCAUCCAACAUAAGACUCAGCUUAAUAAUACUAGUCUCCUUUCUAAGAGAAAGAGCGCUGCAGACCGCACUUUCAGAAAGCACGUGAGGAAUUGGAGCGUUAGGGAGACGGUAAAGUGGAUGCGAGGUGCCUUGGAGAGGCGAGGACGAGCAGACUUAGUACUACGAAUCAUUUUAUUUCAGAAUACGAGUUAGAGAGCUAGACAAAACAUAGUUGAAGUCUAUCAUCAUGUUUUCUUAUUCCGUCAUUUGCAUAUCCAAAAUUUCGUUCCGGAUUAUUUUCUGUUUCGUAUAGAUUUCGUGUCUUACACUUGCGUCUUUCUGUUCCCAUAGAUUUAGGACCAUAUUUUUUAUGGGAUGAGUACUCUCUCGACCCGUCUUGGAACACUGCAAGAUCUAUGGGCCGAUCGAACGCUUUCCUUACUUGAUAUACAUACUUUGAUGAUUAAUGCUUGAUUAUUUGGAUCUAUUAGCUUUCACCUGUACAUUGACGCGUUAUUUACGGCAUAGAGAAAGAACAUCCGCCGGAUCUUGAAAGUAGGAAUUGACUGAUUGCCCAUGCAGGUUCUGAUCAGUUCAAUUGCUCUUUCUGAUCGUUUUUUCUGUGAGUUAUUAUUUUCUCGUGGCGCUUCAGAUAGAACGAAAUGAAUGAAAAAGUUUGCCGGUAGAAUUCUCUAUCUCUAAGCAUUGUCUAUUUGCUCAUGGUGCUUGUGAAGAUCGAAUGAAAUGCAAAUGCAUGGAUGAAAAAAGUUUGCCUUUGGUCAUCUUGAUUUUCGCUCUCCUCUUGAUAAUGUCGAAGUCUCUAAUCAGCGACGAAGUGGACGGUAAGGAAGUCGAAGGCAAAGAGAUAUUAGGGUGGAGCAGGUAGUCAAUGUCAAGUCCUCCAAAAACUACGGAAAUAAUUUUCAGCUACAAUAACUAGUACUUUGAAGUAGUUCGUUGACUUUUGCUUGUUCACUCAAAUUUGCAGCUACAACCUUUGAAUGACAAGUACUGGAACAACUAGCGAACGACAUCGAUCCACAAUCUAUCACAAGCUGCUGCUUAAUAUUUUCAAGAUGUUGUCACCAAAAGCAAAAUCAAACUUUAGGGAAGUAUUUCGGGAUGAUAUUUGCAAGGGUGAUGCUGAUCUUGGCUGCUCACUAUGGGAUGAGUUGCGGUGUUUAAUCGAAGAGUAA